UUGAGGACAAUGGCAGAGUGGAACGCCUACUACCAGAAUGAGGAUGAAGAUGUGGACGGAGAGGAAGGGGAUGAGUCUGGAGGUAGGACAAACAUUGAUGGCGAUUGAAUGGAUCAAUACUGAAUAGUAUGGAGUUUAGCAUAUGUUGUAAUGUAAAUGCAAUCCCUCUGCCCAGUGAACUAUAAGAGCACAGGGCGUGACAGCCUGGUGUUUCUGGUGGAUGCUUCCAAGGAGAUGUUCAUCAAGGGGGAGGAUGGAGAGCCCUCACCGUUCGACAUGACCAUGCAGGUAGAUCUCUUUCUCUUGGGCUGUCUCAAACUCGCUCUGCUUUCCCUUACAGUUUCCUGUCCUUUCUUCACCCCCUUCCCUGCCUAUCUCUCUUUCUCUCACUAUCUCAGACAUGAUCAAUAUUACUGAACUCUCAGCACCAUGAAAAGUGACAUGACCCAUGGCUCUUUCCCACUCCUUCUCUCUUUAUCUCUCUGUGGUCCUACUUAGCCCUCUGACAGUGUUGUAAUGUAUUGUAUCGUGUUACUCUCCCUCCCCAGUGUGUCCACAGCGUGUAUACCACUAAGAUCAUCAGCAGUGACAAGGACCUGGUGGCUCUAGUGUUCUAUGGGACAGAACAGAGCAAGAACCCCAGGAACAGUUUCAAGCAUGUCUAUGUCUACCAUGACCUGGACUCGCCUGGUAUGUCUCCCUGGCCUGCAGUUUCUGUGUAUGUUCUGAAAGGGUCUUGGAGUCUUCUGGAAGCCAAAUACAUUUUUGUUAUUAUGCUCUCUGUGUAUCUCUAUUUCCAAUCUGCUUGUCUUUACUCUUCUUCCUCCCCUAUCUCUCUGUCUAUCCACCUCUUAUCUCCACCUAUCUCUCCAUCCCUCUUUUGUCCUCUGUCCUGUUCCAUAUCCCUUCAUCCCUUUCCUUCCAUCUCUCUCAUUCUCUCUCUCUCCCGCCCUCACUCCUCUAGGUGCCCGUCGGGUGCAGGAUGUGGACGGGCUGCGUGGGGAGAACGGUGCCCAGGUGGCAGAUGAGACCAUGGGCUGUGGGAAGACCAACCUGGCCGAGGCCCUGUGGUGCUGCUCCAACCUCUACAGCGACUUCAAGUUGCGGCUCUCCCACAAGCGCCUCAUGAUCUUUACCUGCCGAGACAUGCCACACAGGGGCGACAGCGAGCACGACCGCCAGGCCCGCACCAAGGCCAGUGACCUCAAAGAGACUGGUGGGUCUGGAGAAAGGGGACGGGCAGUUGUCAAAGAUAGAACACACAUACACUACCGUUCAAAAGUUUGGGGUCACUUUGAAAUGUCCUUGUUUUCGAAAGAAAAGCAAUUUUGUUGUCCAUUAAAAUAACAUCAAAUUGAUCCGAAAUACAGUGUAGACAUGGUUAAUGUUGUAAAUGGCUAUUGUAGCUGGAAACACCAGUCUAAACGUCAACAGUGAAGAGGCGACUCCAGGAUGCUGACCUUCUAGGCAGAGUUGCAAAGAAAAAGCCAUAUCUCAAACUGGCCAAUAAAAAGAAAAGAUUAAGAUGGGCAGUCUGAGAUAUGGCUUUUUCUUUGCAACUCUGCCUAGAAGGUCAGCAUCCCGGAGUCGCCUCUUCACUGUUGACGUUGAGACUGGUGUUUUGCGGGUACUAUUUAAUGAAACUGCCAGUUGAGGACCUGUGAGGUGUCUGUUUCUCAAACUAGACACUCUAAUGUAUUUGUCCUCUUAGUUGUGCACCGGGGCCUCCCACUCCUCUUUCUAUUCUGGUUAGAGCCAGUUUGCGCUGUUCUGUGAAGGGAGUAGUACACAGCGUUGUACGAGAUCUUCAGUUUCUUGGCAAUUUCUCGCAUGGAAUAGCCUUCAUUUCUCAGAACAAGAAUAGACUGAUGAGUUUCAGAAGAAAGUUAUUUGUUUCUGGCCAUUUUGAGCCUGUAAUCGAACCCACAAUUGCUGAUGCUCCAGAUACUCAACUAGUCUCAAGAAGGCCAGUAUUGCUUCUUUAAUCAGCACAACAGUUUUCAGCUGUGCUAACAUAAUUGCAAAAGGGUUUUCUAAUGAUCAAUUAGCCUUUUAAAAUGAUAAACUUGAAUUAGAAAACACAACGUGCCAUUGGAACACAGGACUGAUGGUUGCUGAUAAUGGGCCUCUGUACGCCUAUGUAGAUAUUGUGACACUCUGGCUCCGGGACGUUUGUAUUUGAGCCAGGGUGUAUUUUGUGUUGUUGGGUUUUGGUUUGGUUAUGUUGGGCAUUUGGGUGUAUUUCUAUGUUUGCAUUUCUGGUGGUUGUAUUUCUAGGUUUGGUCGAUGACUCCCAAUCGGAGGUAACGAGUGUCAGCUGUCGGCUCAUUAUCUCUGAUUGGGAGCCAUAUUUAUUCUGUAUGUUUUCCUGUGGGUAUUGUGGGUUUUUGUUCCAGGUUCAGUAUUUUGUCACUGUUGGACUUCACUAUCGUCUUUUGUUUUGUAGUUACGUGCUUUCUUUAUUAAAGUCAUCAUGUUCACUCAACGCGCUGCGUAUUGGUCUGCUCCCUUUAUAGACGAUCGUGACAGAAAAACCCACCAUAAAAGGACCAAGCAGCGUGUCAAGCGGCAACAGGAUUCAUGGACGCCUAUCAAGGAUUCAUGGACUUGGGAGGAGAUUCUGGAUGGAAAGGGUCCUUGGGCACAACCGGGAGAAUAUCGCCGCCCUCGUGAAGAGCUGGAGGCAGCUAAAGCCGAGAGGAGGUGGUAUGAGGAGGCAGCACGGAGUCGAGGCUGGAAGCCCGUGUGUACUACCCAAAAAUUUAUUGGGGGGGGGGCUAAAAGGGAGUGUGGCGAAGUCAGGUAGGAGACCUGCGCCUACUCCCUGGACUUACCGUGGAGAGCGAGAGUACGGGCAGACACCGUGUUACGCAGUAGAGCGCAUGGUGUCUCCUGUACGCAGGCAUAGCCCGGUUCGACACAUUCCAGCUCCACGUAUCGGCCGGGCUAGAUUGAGCAUUGAGCCGGAUGUCAUGAAGCCGGCCCAACGCAUCAGGCCACCAGUGCGUCUUCUCGGUCCGGCGUACAUGGCACCAGCCUUACGCAUGGUGUUCCCGGUUCGCCCUCAUAGGCCGGUGCGGGUUAUUCCACCUCCCCGUACUGGUCGGGCGACGGGGAGCAUCAACCCGGGUAAGGUUGGGCAGGCUCAGUGCUCAAGGGGGCCAGUAAGCCUGCACGGUCCGGUAUUUCCGGCGCCACCUCCCCGCUCCAGCUCAGUACCACCAGUGCCUACACCACGCACCAAGCCUCCUGUGUGUUCCCCGAGUCCUGUGCGUCCUGUUGCUGCUCUCCGCACUAGGCGUUAUGAGAGUCCCCAGGGUCCAGUAUGCCCUGUUCCGGCUCUCCGCACUAGCCCUUAUGUGCGUCCCCAGGGUCCAGCUUACCCUGUUGCUUCUCCCCGCACUAGCCCUGAGAUGCGUGUCCUCAGCCCGGUACCUCCAGUUCCGGCACCACGCACCAGGCCUACGGUGCGCCUCAGACGGCCAGAGUCUGCCGUCUGCCCAACGGGGCCUGAACUGCCCGUCUGCCCAAAGGCGCUUAAGCCGCCCGUCUGCCAUGAGCCGGAGCCGUCCGCCAGACCGGAGCCGCUAGAGCCUUCCUCCAGACAGGAUCAGCCAGAGCCUUCCGCCAGACAGGAUCAGCCAGAGCCUUCCUCCAGACAGGAUCGGUCAGAGCCUUCCGCCAGCCAUGAGCAGCCAGAUCCGUCAGCCGGCCAUGAGCAGCCAGAUCCGUCAGCCGGCCAUGGGCAGCCAGAUCCGUCGGCCAGCCAUGAGCAGCCAGAUCCGUCGGCCAGCCAUGAGCAGCCAGAUCCGUCGGCCAGCCAUGAGCAGCCAGAUCCGUCGGCCAGCCAUGAGCAGCCAGAUCCGUCGGCCAGCCAUGAGCAGCCAGAUCCGUCGGCCAGCCAUGAGCAGCCAGAUCCGUCGGCCAGCCAUGAGCAGCCAGAUCCUUCAGCCAGCCAUGAGCCGUCCAGCCAGGAUCCGCCAGAGCCGUCCAGCCAGGACCCGCCAGAGCCAGCCAGCCAGCCAGGAUCCGCCAGUGAGUCCGGUGCUGUCCCUUAGCCCGGUGCUGCCCCUUAUCCUGGUGCUGCCCCUUAGUCCGGUACUGCCCCUUAGUCCGGUGCUGCCCCUUAGUCCGGUGCUGCCCGUUAGUCCGGUGCCGCCCCUUAAUCCAGUGGGGUUUAGUUGGGGAGUGGUCAUGUGGAGGAGGCUACGGAAGCGGAUAGUGACUAAGGUGGAGUGGGGACCACGACCAGGGCCAGAACCGCCACCGUGGACAGACGCCCACCCAGACCCUCCCCUAGACUGUAUGCUGGUGCGCCCGGAGUGCGCACCUUUAGGGGGGGGUACUGUGACACUCUGGCUCCGGGACGUUUGUAUUUGAGCCAGGGUGUAUUUUGUGUUGUUGGGUUUUGGUUUGGUUAUGUUGGGCAUUUGGGUGUAUUUCUAUGUUUGCAUUUCUGGUGGUUGUAUUUCUAGGUUUGGUCGAUGACUCCCAAUCGGAGGUAACGAGUGUCAGCUGUCGGCUCGUUAUCUCUGAUUGGGAGCCAUAUUUAUUCUGUAUGUUUUCCUGUGGGUAUUGUGGGUUUUUGUUCCAGGUUCAGUAUUUUGUCACUGUUGGACUUCACUAUCGUCUUUUGUUUUGUAGUUACGUGCUUUCUUUAUUAAAGUCAUCAUGUUCACUCAACGCGCUGCGUAUUGGUCUGCUCCCUUUAUAGACGAUCGUGACAGAUAUUCCAUUAAAAAUCAGCCGUUUCCAGCUACAAUAGCCAUUUACAACAUUAACAAUGUCUACACUGUAUUUCUGAUCAAUUUGAUGUUAUUUUAAUGGACAAAAAAAUUGCUUUUCUUUCGAAAACAAGGACAUUUCUAAGUGAUCCCAAACUUUUGAACGGUAGUGUAGUUGUAUCUCUAUGGCAGUUGGCCUUGAUGUCACUGGGUUGUAGGUGGAGGGGUUUGAAAAGUGGUCUGAAAUACAUCUUGGUCCUGCAGAUGUUUAGUUUAUCACUAGAAGUGUAUGAUCAAUGAUCUCUCUCACUCUCUCUCUGUCACUCACUCACUCACAGGUGUGGUGAUAGACCUGAUGCAUCUGAUGAAGCCAGGUGGGUUCGACGUCUCGCUCUUCUUCUGCGACGUAGUGAGCCCCCCCGAGGAUGAGGCUGAGCUGGGCCUGCAGAUGGAGCCUUGUGGGAAACUGGAGGACCUCCAGAAGAGGGUCCGAGCCAAGGAGAUCAAGAAGAGAUCCAUGGCAAGGUGACAAGCACAGCCUAGCACUGUUUCCCCCACCAUUGUAUAGGCAGGGCGCUGUGUUCUGAUAGGACAUGUUUAGAUGUUUCAAUCGUUGAAUAACAUUUCUCCCUACUAAGGGUGUGAACGUUUAACUGAAAUUGGGAUCGUUAACGUUUCGAAAUCUCUAAACAAAAAACGCUGUAUAAAAAAACAUCUCUCACAAAAUUUCAGUAGCAGUGCAGUUAUCACAAAACUACCACUAACAGCUCCCGGUCAUCAUAAAGGGAAAAAUAAAAAUGAAACAAAUACCUAAUGCAACAAUGCUGUAACAUUACUAGGGGGAGAUAAGCAUCUUUCAAAUGAUUUGCCACAGAUAGAAAGCGCUCCGCACUUCAUCGUCGUUAACAGUUGGAAAAAUGUCAGAGAGUGAGACGGAAGCGACAGCAUCUAAGUCCUAUAUGGCAAUACUUUGAGAAGGUGGUGAAAUGCAAACUGCGAGGUGGAAUUGAGCUACAGUGGCAGUACGGGUUCAAUGCUUAGCCGUCUGAAAGGGAGGUACUGUGAGACUCAAACCAUUGCUGGCAGCAGCGCAGGCACCCAACAACAGACAUUAGACAGGCUCUUCACAUGAAAGAAGUGUGAUAAGGGACGGCGUGAGAAAAUCACAGUGCUGAUUACAGAAAUUAUUGCAGUUGAUAUGCAGCCAUUGUCAAUGGUAGAGGUUGUCGGCUUCAGUGCCCUGAUGGCAUAUCUAGGACCAGACUACAAGAUGUCAUGUCGAAAAACCAUUGACGGCCCGGAUGGAGAAAUUGUACAAUGAUUGCUCUGCAAGUACAGAGCGCAAGCUCUCAAACACCAUACGUGGCGUUAACAGAUUGUUGGACGUCUAUGAACACGCUGUCAUACAUCACUGCAAUGAGCCAUCACAUUGAUGAGAAGUGGCACAUGAAGUCCCAUGUACUGACCACUGAGAACAUGGAGGAGAGGCACAAAACAGAGAACCUAAAAACGUAAUUAACUACCAUAGCAGUAAAGCGAGCGCCGUCUGGUAGCCAGGACUGCUGUAGAUUGAACUGCAUUGCCCCCUAGCGGUCAUACGCAGGACCAUAUCUGCAUUGUGAAUUCACAUGUAAUGUAAUUAUUUUUUCUUAUAAAAAAAUAAAUAAAUGCUGUUUAAACGGUAAGAACAUUUUUACAUUUGUCACAUCCCUACUGAACAGCGCCCUGGUUGCUGAUGAGUCCUCUCCUCUGAGUCUCAGGUUGAAUCUGUGUCUGGGGGAAGGGAUGAACGUGGCGGUGGGUGUGUACAUCACGGCCCGACAGGCCAGGAAGCCUAAUGCCAUCAAGCUCUACAGAGACAACAACGAGCCCGUCCUCACCAAGACACGCCUCUACCACACACAGACGGGCAGCCUGCUGCUCCCCAGCGACACCAAGAGGGCCCAGGUAACUAAGUUGGAAUCUCAAAUCGAACCACUUUUGUAAAAAAAAAUUAGUAUAGCAAUUAUCGAAAGUGUAUCAAAGUAUAAGUUCAUACUUCUCAUUCUGUCAGGGUCAUUUCAGUCUAGAGGUGAUUUGUGGUUGUGUGUUUGUCUGUGUAGGUUUAUGCAAGCAAGCAGAUCGUGAUGGAGAAAGACGAGGUGGAUGUGAUAAAGAAGUUUUCAAACCCGGGUCUGGAUCUGAUUGGGUUCAAGCCCAUGGAGCGUCUCAAACUGCACCACCACCUCAGAUCUGCUGUCUUCAUCUACCCAGAGGAGGAGAUGGUCACAGGUGUGUUUGUGUGCAUCCUCCAGCAACACUGAACCUUUCACUAUGAUGGGAAGAGAGACUGUGACAGUUGAAUACAUAACUGCCCGUCAAAAUGUUAUCCGGGGAGAGUCAACCCAUGUUCCCCAUCUCAGUUCCAUUAUCUUUUGAGUUCCAACUUUAACCCCUUUCUCACUCUGUCCUGUUUUUCCAUCCCAGGGAGUGCCUGUGUGUUUACAGCGUUGCUGCGCAGGUGUAGUGAGAGGAACGUGUUCGCUCUGUGUAAAUACACACGGAUCCGUAACUCUCCCCCACGCUUCUUAGCCCUGGUGCCCCAGAGAGAGGAGGUGGAUGAGGGCCAGGCCCAGAUUGCGGCUCCAGGUACAGUCAUUGGGUCCCACUGCAGCCGGGGUCUUGUGCCCCACACACAUUCAGACUAAUUGUAGUGAUGUGUAUUUGUCUCAGGCUUCCAUGGCAUCUUCCUGCCCUACGCGGAUGACAUCCGUACCCUGGACGCUCCUCAGCUCCCCACCGCCUCCGACGCCCAGGUGGAAAAGAUGAAGGAGAUAGUACACAAGCUACGUUUCAAAUACAAGUACGGCCCUUUCAUUACAGUGAAUGAUAAAAACAUCACAGCUGUCUGCACAGAUUAUUUCCAUACCAGGAUUUGCAUUUUGAAAAAGUAA